AUGAACGGCUGGCUUGUCUUCGCCAUCGUCCUCAUACUCCUGCUCUCCGGCACCUACUUUGGCUGGUACUUUUACGCGCGCUGGAAUGCCUCGCGCAAUGGCCUUCCCCCGCCCUCAAUGAACCCCAUGGUGGCCUUCAGCAGCUCCAACGCUGAAGCCUCAAACUACCCAGGUCCCGCUCCCACCGGCAUCAAGGGCUGGAUCGACACCCAAGUCCGCAAGUUCAAGAACCGCAACAACCGCUACACCACCGGCAGCGGCUACGAAGACACGGGCUACGGCUCCCGCGGCGUCGGCGGCGGCCGCGGCGCAGGCAGCCGCCUCGAUCCGGACGAAGCGUGGAGUUCGCGCGUGGGCGAUGAGGCAUACUAUGAAGAGCAGGAAUUGGGCCUCCACGAACCCCCGCACGCCGCCAAUCAGUCUGCCAAUCCGUUUGCCGGUGAACCUACCCGUGGCCGCAGUCGCACCCGCGAAUCGUACGACGAGCAUCUCGAUGCUCAUAAUGCCCGCAAUCCCUUUGGCGACGACGCUGCGGCCAGUCUGCGCGGCGUCAGCCCCAGACCCGUCAUGGACGCCGAUACGGGGUACCAUGGUGCUGCAACAGCGGGCAAGUCUAGUGCGGAUCCUCAUAAGAAGAAUGGGAGUCCGGAUAGCCAUCAUGACAAGAGUCCUACGGAGAGUCGGAGGAGUGUGUUCAGGGAAGCAAUAUAAAUUUGUGCGAAAAUGAACACGUGGGGAGUUUGAUAAACGGACAUGGGGAAUCUCGGAGGUAGAAUCAUCGUCUUUUUUUUUGUCUGGUCUUUUUGUCGAGAUACCAGGGCUUGGCAGCUGUCAAAAAUUGGCAUAUCCCGACAAGCCUUUGUUGAUGAAAGUAUAUACUUUAUACCUAUACACAUGCCAACCACAUUUUUG